AUGGGCUGCUGCCUAUCACGAGAUGCUCCCGGCUCGCCGUAUCCCACUAACGGCGACCGUGACCAGCAUAGCGAUUCGUCGAGAGCGAUUAAUUCAACUACUGAAAACACUUCCUCAAACCCCUUAGCCCGUCGUCAUUCCUUAUCUCGCCACGCGUCAGAUGCAUCUACUCCUUAUCCAUCACAAUCAGAUCGACGCCGCCGCCAAUUGAUUCCUUUAAGCGAACAUUAUAACCAACCCAUCCAUCCUCAUGUGUGGCAUAGCAAGCGCCGGCUUUGGUCGAAACCUGAAAUUGCGCGUGAACGAAAAGAAUUCUUUGAAACUCGGGUGACUGGUAAACCAGAGGUUUGGGCAGCUUUACAACUAGCUGUCUCCCUCGUGAGAUCUGGUGAUAUUGCUACUGCACAAGGCGUUAUCGAUGCUGCUGGAGUCACCGUUCCGACUGGAGAUUUUUGCGAUGGUUGCUACGAUGAAAAUGGUGCUCUAUAUAGAUUACCUCAUGUCAUUGUUUCCGACCCUACAAACAUAGUAGCUGAUGGCGAAGACAAUGAAAGAAUUGAAGCCGAUGAUGAACAGACAAAUAGCAAGCUAGGGGUGGAUAUGGAUUCCGACUAUGAGAUAGAGGAAGUUGGUGAGAGCAGACAUGAAGAAAAAGGGAAGAAAAGCGAACGAGAUACUAUCAGGGUUCGUGCGAGACUUAGCGAUCGAGAUGGCCCAGAUCUUGAAAUUCCCAUCAGCAAAGAACAGUCAGUUGGUACGCUAGUAAAAAAAAUAGAGACGGAGAUAGGGCUUGCGAGAAUUUUCCGGCUUCGAAUCGCCUACUUGGGGAAGAUUUUGAAAGAAAACGAAAGUCUGCUCGUUCAAGGUUGGAAAGAAGGCCAUGUUGUCAACGCACUUGUCAUCCAUCGCCCUCAGUAA